UUAUUACCCAUGUAUGAGUGGUCCUUGUUGAUUGGAUGGCAUGACUCCUGAAUAGUGACAGUGUAAAAGAUUAAAAAUGAUUUCAUCCAUCCCAUUUGUGAAUUGCACCAGUCAGCUCGCCUUGGUCUGUUUAUGUGAGCUUUUUAAGAUAACUUGAAUGAUACCGGUAAUGUCAUUCCCUCUCAUUGUCUGUAAGAAGCAUUUAAAGCAGAUCUCUAUUGUCAGAUUUUUGGUAUGCUGUGGAAGCAUGUGCAAUAUCUGUUUUAUCACCACAAUGCAAUUCUCUUAAUAAACUGGAAUUAAUCUUUGGAAAAAUACACAUCAAGCCAUGUGUCUGUCCUCAAAACAGUGAUUUGCUCUGCAUGUAGAAAGCGCAGUAUACCAAAAUCUGCUUUACAGACUAGGAGUUGAACAUUCCUGAGCUGUGGGCGCCGCAGACACCUCAAAGUUCAGACGUGAAGUUGUUUAAACUCUUAACCAUAUGCAUUUUAUUUUCUCCCCCAUAUUGGACUAUCCUCUGUUAAACUUCUCUCUGUUAUUUGUGUGUGUGUAUGUGUGUGUGUGUGUGUGAUUUUUGUAGUGAAGAAGGCAAAAGCAGCCCCCUCGUUGAUGGGUGAAAGUGGUCCUCUGCCUGCCAACAGGGGAUUGUAGACAUUUGCAAAGACCAGCAAGCGUUCAAGCCCCACCCCUCUCUUUUUGUGUCCUCUAUUCUUUCUCUGCCUUCUCUUUCUCUUUCCCUCUGUCUAAUUUAUCUUUUCUAGGUGGUUUAGUUUAGAGUGUAAAGGUCAAAAAUCAAGGACGUAGCCUGAAACAGUGCUUAUUCUGCACUAUUUUGCAACACUUUUGAAUGCUGCUUAGCCAUUCAUUUUAUGGCCAAUGCUUUGUUCCUUAACAGAUAAGGCUGGCAGUAUUCUUCAAUUUUUAGUGUCAACAAAUCCCAUCAAAAGACUAAAAGACCAUUGUUGUCCAAAAAGCCUAUUAAAAGCACAUCAGGGAGCCACACCGUGGCACUGGUUGACUUGUUUGUCAUUACUAUGAUCGCUGGCGCUGCAGUAUAUUUUGAGUCAGUGCCACAGGCACCAUCCUGCUGCUGUAAAUACUCACCAGUGCACCAAAUGCGUAUUAAUCCACCACUGAAAAUAGUCCCCAUCAAAUGCACUGUUAACUCCUUUUUGGGUAAUUUAUGUUGGAAACUACAGUGCCUUGUUCUGUGAUCUGUGACCUGUUUCUGAUGAUUUCAGUGGUUACAAAUGGUAUUUUUGCCCUGAACCACAGACAGGGUAUAUAAGUCAGAAAGUAUUAGGAGAUGGUUUUGGUCUUUUCAUGGGAUUUAUUGACAGUAACAUAAAGACUAUUCCCAGCCUCAUCCUUUUUGAAAAUGGUCAGGUUUAAAAUAAAUAACUCUAAACAGUCAGUUAUUCGGUCUGGUGGCAGAAGGGUAUACAAAAAGACUGUGUUGAUGAUCAGUUGUGCAAAAACCACAAUCGUAUCUCGUCAUAAGUUAUCUAAGAUACCCACCCGACAUGACACAAUGUUGGUACAAUAUUCUCUUUAACAGUGGUCUUCUUUUGUUGUUGUGUUUUACAGUUCUUUUUCCUGGCUCAGCCAGUCCUGUAUACCAGGCCCUGCUGAAAAUACCAUCCAACAGUUUUGUCUCCUGCAGCAAUUUCUCUCUCCAGUGUGCUUCUUUGUUUAAAUGUUGUCAUUAUUGUGUGUCCGUAUUUAUGUGAGAGUUGUUUUUUUUGGGGGUGUGUUAACUAUGAGAUGAUAAUGAGGUGUUUUAUCUGUUAAUUUUGGGCCAUUUUAAGGUAAUAUCAGAGGCAUAAUGCAAUAGAGAUGAUGAAAUUAUUCUUUAAUUGGAGUGUGGUAGUGCAAAUUAAUCAAACCAGUCAUCCAUGGUGCAGGUUUGGUUAAUUGAUGCAGUGACAGGUAAGGAUACUAGAAUAAUAAUGUACUAAAGGCACGCUACCUACCCUUAAUUCUGUUAUUGCCAUUUAGUGUAUCCUCUGCCAUGUGUUUUGGUAAGUAGACACUGAUAGCUUGUAUAGUGUUCUUGCCAAAUCCCUAAAUUUCUCUUUGUUGUGUGUAUCUCGAUUUUUCUCUGUGUGCUUUUAGUAGCGAAGCCGCCAACGUGAGUCGCUUGUUUCAGUAAACGUCUAAAUGAAAAUUGAGGGCACACCCAACUGGAGAAGCAGCUGUGCUUGCUAACGUUUGGUUCAUGACUUAAAAAACACGUUCAGGAUCUAUCCCAGAUGAGGCUAAAGCUUUGUCACUGUUGGCGCCAGCAAAUGCUGUUGCGGGAAUUCUACCAGGAGGAGGACUUCUUCCAACGCCAAACCCCAUCGCCAAUCCAUCUAUUGGAGGAAACCCAUUUGGUGCUCCGAACAUGGACGCAAUGGCUGCAUUUGGCUUCCCAGGACCUAAUAUGAAUCCCCAGGCUGCUGAUCAGCUGUUAAAGUUCAUGACAGAUCCAAAACUGAAUCCCCUGGCUGCAGGCUUAAACCUGAAUCCAGGCCUGAAGGCUGACGCAUCCAAUAAAGAAAUCGAAGAGGCCAUGAAGAGAGUCAGAGAGGCUCAGUCCCUCAUUUCUGCUGCUAUUGAACCUGGAAAUAAGGAGAGCAAAAAGAGACACUCUAGGUCCCGGUCCAGGUCCAGAAGGAGGAGGUCCAGAUCUCGUUCAAGACACAGGCGAAGCAGAAGCAGAUCAAGGCGACGAUCAGGCUCUAGAAGCAGGAGGCGCUCCAAAAGCCCACGCAGGAGACACACCCACUCCAGAGACCGAAGCAGACGAUCGCGAAGCAGAUCCAGAGAUAGAAAGAAAGAUGACUCUGGGAGAAGAAGAUCCAAAACACCACCCAAAAGCUACAGCACAGCCAGGAGGUCACGCAGUGUGAGCCGGAGACACAGGAGAAGUCGCAGUGGUAGCCGAUCUCCGAAAAAGUCCCCUAAAAGGAGAAGCUCCAGGUCUCCAUCUCCUCGAAGACACAAGAAGGAGAAGAAAAGGGAUAAGGAAAGGGACAGGGACCGCAAGAGUGAUAAAGAGCGCAUUCGUGAGGAACAUGAACACUCCACCAGCAAGAAAAAGAAAAGUAAAGACAAAGACAGAGAGCGGGAUGGAGAGAAAGGAGAUGUUAAGAUCACCAGGGAUUAUGACGAAGAAGAACAAGGAUAUGACAGCGAGAAGGAGAGGGAGGACAGGAAGGAUUCAGACGACUCUGCUUUUUCUCCCCAGUCAGUCGAAGGUAACGGCACAGCACGGUCUGUGAAGCAGGCCAAAGUUAACGGUGCCGAUGAUCACCAUGAAGAGGACAUGGAUGUCAGCGACUGAGUGGUCCGUCCUGCUUUUCCCCACAGUAUCCCUCCGCUUUGGUUGUGAACGUGUUACAAAACGACUUUUUCCUCCCUCCACUGGGGGUAAAUCUAAAAUGUGAAGCGUGUUUGAACUGUAUUGAUUUUUCACCCGUAAAUGUUAAAGCUGGACUGUUCAAGUCUUUCUCUCACUUUGUCACAUUGCUUUAACGUUCCCUGAUGCUUUUUGCCUCCACAAAUGUAAAAUUGGUUACAACUGGAAGUAGGCUUACUUCACUUUCUUGAGCUUGUGUUGUGAGAUUUUGUCAGCUCUUCAUACUACUGUACCUUACAUUUUUGUUUUGUUGUGGUGUGAUGCUCAGGCCUCUUUUCCCAUCUUUUUUGGAAACUGUUACUCCAUUUGCUUCUUGUAAUUUCUAAGUGUUGAUUGUUUUAUCAAAGAUUUCUUUUAUAUUAAAGCCUAUUUGGAGAACCAAGACCAAAA